GCCGCCCGGUCGGGUCAGCGUGGUGCGCAUGCGCGGACCCGGCGCCAUUUUGGUGGCCGGGCGCGGAGGUGAUUCUACAGUGAGGAGGAACGCGACGGCGAGGGUGGCAGUGGCAGCGUUCGUGUGCUCGGGUCUGAAUCGCUGAGGGAGGAGGCGGCGGCGGAGGAAGAGGUGGCAGCGGUGGCGGUGGUCGUAGCGGUGGCGGAGGAGGCGGGUACGAAUCAGCUGCGGGCAGAGACAUGGCCAACAUCGCGGUGCAGCGAAUCAAGCGGGAGUUCAAGGAGGUGCUGAAGAGCGAGGAGACGAGCAAAAAUCAAAUUAAAGUAGAUCUUGUAGAUGAGAAUUUUACAGAAUUAAGAGGAGAAAUAGCAGGACCUCCAGACACACCGUAUGAAGGUGGAAGAUAUCAACUAGAGAUAAAAAUACCAGAAACAUAUCCAUUUAACCCCCCUAAGGUCCGGUUUAUCACUAAAAUAUGGCACCCUAAUAUUAGUUCCGUCACAGGGGCUAUUUGUUUGGAUAUCCUGAAAGAUCAAUGGGCAGCAGCAAUGACUCUGCGCACGGUAUUAUUGUCAUUGCAAGCGCUGUUGGCGGCUGCAGAACCAGAUGACCCCCAAGAUGCAGUAGUAGCGAAUCAGUACAAACAGAAUCCUGAAAUGUUCAAGCAGACAGCUCGACUUUGGGCACACGUGUACGCUGGAGCACCAGUUUCUAGUCCAGAAUACACCAAAAAAAUAGAAAACCUCUGUGCUAUGGGUUUUGAUAGGAACGCAGUAAUAGUGGCCUUGUCUUCAAAAUCAUGGGAUGUAGAGACUGCAACAGAACUGCUUCUGAGUAACUGAGGCACAGGAGCUGCGCCAGCAUCGCUCUCGCCUCUUGAGGAGCAUCAACACCUGUUAUUUUUAGGAUUCUGCAUAAAGUUCUUUUAAACUGGCAUUCUUGCCUAAUGAUGUUACCUAGGCACCAUUGGAGACUGCAAAAAAAAAAAUUCCCUGCUCUGUAAAUAAAGCUAAUUAAACGUCUGUGUAAAUUUAAAAAGGGGAAAUACUUUUAAUUUUUUUUCUUAAUAGUGUAAAAAUUCUUUGAGCUAAGCUAAAACCAUGGGAAAACAUGCUACUUUAGUGUUUAGCAGUGUAACAGACUCGAGAGUUUGCUUCAGGGUUCUGUUGACUAACUAGGAUAACACUCGAGUGUCGGCCCUUCACAUUGUGGUGUAGAAUCACAGCUCCCUUAAGUCUGAACACAGAUCCUCUGUGCCUGUGAAUUUACUUGCAUGCUUGUACUUGACUUCUUAGAACGGGUAGCCGAAAAGACCACCCUUUUAAGCAUUAGGACAUUCUUGAAUUAUGAGAUUUAUCCUGAUUUAAAGGUGGUGACCUAAUCAGAGCUUUUUAGUCCCUGUCACCAUCCAGAGCGGAGAUUCUCAUGGUCAAUUUAUUUUGUGUCUUGUGGGAAACGUGCUGAGGAACAGUGUCCCUUGUUCCACUUUUAGCUCAUAGGUUUGGAAUGUUUUGUCCGAGUUCUUCACUUUGUAAGUAGUAAUGUAAAAAGGGGCUGCCAAUUUUAUUUCUCUCACAAAAGGAAUAAAUACUUGAUGUUGCAGUAUUUCUAGAUUUAAUAAAAGGACACUGCUUAGUUUUUCAGUGAAUUUGACAUUAAUUUUUAAAAUGAUAAAGUCUUUGGAAACUUGAAGGGUGCAGUACCUGUUCCCUAGUGCUCAGCCUGACAGUUUCCUUUGUCAGACACUUGACUUACUCCUCCUGCUCCCCAUGGUGACCCAUGAAAGCUGUGCUGUCUCACUGUAUAUACCAGAUGCACAUAGGAACAGGGGUGUAUUCUAAAUCUAGCUUUCUUUAUGAUGUUUCUGAUAAUGUGAGAAUUGAAACUUUACCUUCUCUUGUACAUAAACUUCCUGUCCUUAGCAACUGUCGCAUCUCAUUCUAUCUUCCAAAGCUUGACAAUUAUAAGUUUUACAAACUCAAAUACUUCCUUUAACCAUCCUAAUUAAUGUUCAAGUGAACUUAGGCAGUUGUUACAUAGGAGAUACAAUUAAAAAUUUUGAGGACCAAUGCAUAGAUUACAGAAAUGUAAUGGAAUCAGACUAAAUUAAAGUAAGGUUGUAUGUAUAUUGAAAGUCAUAUUCUAAAAGGUUUGUUUUCUUGAAGUAUUGUUUCACCUUACAGUCAUGAAGUGUUUCAAAAAUACUUUUUGAACCUAUUAUCUCAGCAUAACUUCACUUUACUUUUAAUAAUCUUGAUACUACAAGCAAUAAAAGAAGCAUUAAUAUAUUAUAACAUUCAAGAUGUGACGGCUCUUCCAGCGACUUGUAAGGCUGUCACAGUUCUCAGUGACUGAGGGCCACUGUCCUCCACACUAAACUCAAGCUGCUAUGUUUUUCUCCAUGUUUGCGGAUGCACACAUUUCCUGUUGCAGCUACAUCCUUUUAUUGCUGUAGGUUAUUUUAUAAAGAUGCCAAAGGAAACAAGUUUUUCUUUAUUUAUUUUAAGUAGCUAAAACUUUGUACUGUUCUUUAUAUUCUCAGAUAAGAAGGAAAUGUGUGAAAUAACCAUGAGUUUACCUCCAUAGUUCAUUAGAACUUUUAAUGGAGGGUGGCUUGGUAACACUAAUAUUUAGGUAUUGGAAAGUAUAACACAUGUUCUUGGAGUUUACUCUCUGCCUGUAUUGUCAGGGUACAUUGUCUAGUAGAUGAGAGCUCAGACAACAAAAGUCAGGCAGUACCUACUUUGUCUUGGUGGCAGCUGUGUUCUUUUUUUGUUUUUUGUUUUUUUGUUUUUUUGUUUUUUUGCAUAUUGGCUUCAGACUGGCUCCACUGAAUACUUACUGGAGAUGUAUAUAUAACAUGUGGUUUCAUAGAUUUGACGUGAUUAUGCCAUCGCCUCCUGUCAGAACCGUGUGCUCAAGACUGUGUGGGAUUCAUAAGCAAGACUGCUUGGGGUUUCUCAUGUUCAUUUAAUGUGCUAAUCACCCUUUUGGGGUAUUUUCCCUCACACUUCUCGUUUGUUUUUUAUUUUUCUUUUGUUUCCCAACUCGUAGGUUUAGAAAGAAGCAGCUUGGUCCUUAUCCUGGUGUUUCAUACAGUUAGGAAAACAAUGCGAAAAAUUAAGAUUUAGUCAAAAGUACCCUGAUGGAAAUUAUUUUUUUUAGUCUGCGUUUGACAGUUUUUCAUUUUAACAAGUACUACACAGGUUCUGUUUUGGUGUAGGUGUGAUGGCGCUUUUACUACCAGGUUCUUGAAAGAGAAAGGCAGGCAGAGUCUGUGAGAGGUGUAUGCCCAGUCUUAGCCCCCUGUUCCCAUAAUUUUAGUGAAAUCGCGUUUAGAGCAGGCUGACUCCCUCAUCCUCGCUGAUCCUCUGAUCAGCUUUUCUUUCUGAGCCUAGGCCUGACUUUUAGUAUAAAACUUAGAGAGCAUGUUGGGAACUUGGGAUUCAAAAAACAUGUCAGUGUUUGGAAUUGAAUAUUUUACCUUUGAGAAGUGUAACUAACCUAUCAUAUGAAUUAAACCAUCCUUUUUGAAAUUUUUUUUUAUAUUUCUGAUUGUUGGUGGCAUUUAACACUAUGCAAAAAACUUAAGUAUCUGCAGAAAGGAACUGACAGUAGGUUUUGCUCACGCGGUUAGACAUUUUGCACAGCGUGUUAUACGUUACUGGUUAGGCUGUUGGGCCAGUUUACAGAGGUUAGGAUGUUGGGUAAGUGGAGCCCGGAUGUGAUUGUAGGUCUCAUACAGCUUUUAAAACUGCAGGAGAAGUAGAUGUUCUUGCAGCCUACUGUAGCAGCACCGGAAAUGACGUUUUGGUGGGGUAAGGGUUUGAAAUGAAUUUGGGAAUUGAGCAGUGGAGUCAGGUAUAUUGUAUAAAGAUGGGAUCAGUGUUUAGAUAAGAAAAAGGUAGGAAGGUGUCUGGUCAUAGUUACUUUAUUUCAUGGACUUUGAUAAGAUAGUUCUGUAUUAAUCACUUUUUCUAGUUUCAAGGAGUUGAUGUUGGAAGUUACAUUUUCAUCUUUCAGUACCUGUCUUAGUGUGUACCCAUCAGCCUGUUGGUGUCACUAAGGGAUAGCCUUUUCUCAAGCAAGACUUCCAGUGUCUACACAUGUUGUGACAAACCUACAUACAGCAUAAGGUAGCGGGUGAUGUUGGUGUCUCCUUACCUAUCUUGUGACUGCUUCCUUAGACUGCUAGAAACUCCGGCGCCUGCAGUCAUCACUGGAAGGUGUCAUGAUUGUGUCGCCUUUGGCGUAGUUAUCCCCCCACCCCACCCCUAGCCGUCUAUGAUGAGGUGUGGCCAGGUCUGUUUGGUUCUGAGGCAAGUGGAUCAGGUCAUAGCACUGCUUUUUCUGAUCGUGUCUCCUAUUGUCACCUACUUUUUACAGGCAUCAUAACAAAAGCUAGACAAUUUCUUUGGGGGAAAAAAAAGACUUAUUUAAUGUAAUUUAAAGACUUUUCCAAUAGAAAAUGAAAUAUUAUUGAAAAUGAUAUCUAUUUUUUAGCUUUCAGCAUUUGAUGGUGCUUUGUCGUGGUGUCUGCUGGAAGUUACUGCCAUUAUAGGGAUUUUCAUUAACCUCACUUUGAAAGAACCUUGCUUGUUGGCUUCUUUAGAUCUUAAACAGUUUGUUAGUGAUGGUAAUUCUGUAGGAGGGUCUAUUCUGAGCCAUUAACUUCUUGUAAGGGGAAAAUGGGCUGGUUACCAGAAAUAUUGAAGCAGGGUGGGCUGUGGGUGGGGGGUUGGGUGUCUGUCUUGAGAAUUAAAAACUACGAAACACUUUUGUAUACAACUGAAUUUUUAAAAAAUAAACACAUUUUUAAAGAUGUUGAAUUUUCCCCAUUAUUGGGAAUUCUUAAAAAUAAAUGCAUGCACAUUCCCCCUGC